AUGGCUUCUCAAUUUCUUGUUCCGUCUCAAGUUUUUCAAUCUCCUCUGCGAUCUGCUACUUCAAACAUUAGCCAUCUUUUCUUCGAUUUCAAUAGCAGAAGCAACUCCGAUGGGCACAGUUUCACUUUACGAGCAGGUAAGCAAAAUACUCUCAAGUAUGGUUUGACUCUUGAUGAAAUUAGCUGCGCAAACAUCGAACCAGAAAUGAAGGACGUUCUGGGGAGAAGUCUGCUAAACAGGAUUAGGUUUUUAGCCUCCAACAGUAAAAAUUGGAAAACUGAUCUGGAUGAAGCGGAGCGAGUUCUAAACUCAAUGUUGGAAAAUGGAUUUAAGCCAGAUGUUGAGACACUCACGAUUCUCAUAAAUUCCUUCUGCAAAAGGGGAAGGACGAAGAAGGCUUUAGAAGUUUUCGACCUCAUGAACCGAAUUGGGACAAAACCUACAGUUCAAACAUACAACUGCUUGUUAAAGGGACUCUGUUAUGUGGGGAAGGUGGAAGAAGCGUAUGACAUGUUGAUGAAUAUGAAGAAGAUGAAGAUCCCUUUGAAGCCUGAUAUUUACUCGUAUACCGCUGUAAUGGAUGGCUUGUGUAAAGUGGGUAGAUCAGAUGAAGCCAGGGAAUUACUCAACGAAGCUGAGGAAUCGAUGGGUCUAAAACCAAAUGUAAUCACUUUCAACACUCUGUUUCAAGGGUAUUCCAGGGAAGGGAGGCCAUUGGAGGGUAUAUCUGUUCUGAAACUGAUGAAGAAGAAAAAUUGUGUCCCUGAUUAUAUAAGCUAUGCCACUUUGUUACAUGGGCUAUUGAAAUGGAAUGAGAUUAGGGAAGCUUUGAAGAUCUAUAAGGAAAUGGAGAGAUUUGGGUUUGAAGUGGAUGCGAGGAUGAUGGGGACUUUGGUGAGAAGGCUCUGUAGAGAAUCAAGGAAAGAAAAAGGCAUGCUUGAAGAUGCGUGCCAGGUGUUUGAGAAAAUGACCAAGAGAGAUUCCAUAAUAAUAGACCAGAGGACAUAUGAGCUAAUGGUCCAAGCACUUUGUGCUCGAGGAAGGACAGUAGAAGCAGUGUCAACUUUGGUUUUGAUGGAUGAAAAGGGAAGAAUUCCCAAUGGACUAUGUUUUGAUGAAUUGAUCAAGGGGCUCAAUGCACAAGGAAGAUUGUUUGGUCAGUCCAAUUUGUUUGGUUACGCAAUGAAGCGAGGUGUCGUUCAAGUAAACUCCGGCAUGUAA